CUUCAGCCUGGACUCGGAUUACUUGGGGGAAUUCAGCGAGAAAGUGCGAGAAGGUCCCUGAGCCUCUGGCAGGGCAGCCCAGAGCAGCAGGUCAGAGGCAGCGGAUGUUGCACCACAAAUCUGCCACAAGCAAAAAGAUUACAACUUGCUUUAUUGUAGUGGUCUGGAACCGAACUUGCAAUAUCUUCGAGGUAUACCUGUACUGAGCAACCUAAAAAGGUAUUACUCUCUCCAGAAGACACAACCACAGUUAGCACUUGCUUCAGAUGCUGACACUUGGUAAACAGCUGCUCUUGAUUACAAGGUUUAGAAGACAUAAUCUUCAUCCUCCAGAUUGGAUCUCCUAUGGAUCAUCUAUUUCUAUGUCUUUUUAAAAUAUAACUUUUUGGGAAACAUUUUGGAUUACAACUUUUCAUCCUCAUCUAUGCAAAGAAAGGACAGCUGUUGUGCUGGGAUUUUGAGGAGAUUGGAGGGAGGGCAUGAAAGUUCCAACCUUCUAUUCACAUGCUUGGUUCCUGUGGCAACCAGCUUCCAUUCUGAAGCUGUCUUGGAGCCCCCCAAGAGUCACCUCAUUAGCAUCAACUCAGCUUUUCCUAAAAAGAAUUCCUGUAUUCUUUAGACAUGCUUGAGGAAGAGUGAUAAAGACAAAUAGGCAUGAAGCCUUCAUCUCACAGCUGCAUGUGUAGUUACUAUUGAAGCAAAUGCCUACCUAAUUUGACAGUCUUGGUGUGUGUAAGAUUUUUUGAGUUUGCAAAUAAGCGUAUUAAGUCUACUGAUGGAGCCUUCAGGCAGUGAACAAUUAUAUGAGGACCCUGAUCCUGGAGGCAAAUCCCAAGAUGCAGAGGCCAGAAAGCAGACAGAAUCAGAACAAAAGUUGUCUAAAAUGACCCACAAUGCUUUGGAGAACAUUAAUGUGAUUGGCCAAGGCUUGAAGCAUCUCUUCCAGCACCAGCGCAGGAGGUCAUCUGUGUCUCCACACGAUGUGCAACAAAUUCAGGCAGAUCCAGAACCUGAAAUGGAUCUGGAAAGCCAGAACGCAUGCGCAGAGAUUGAUGGUGUCCCCACCCACCCCACAGCUCUGAAUCGUGUCCUGCAACAGAUCCGAGUGCCACCCAAGAUGAAGAGAGGGACGAGCUUGCAUAGUAGGCGGGGCAAGCCAGAGGCCCCAAAGGGAAGUCCCCAAAUCAACAGGAAAUCUGGCCAGGAGAUGGCAACUGUUAUGCAGUCUGGCCGACCCAGGUCUUCAUCCACUACUGACGCUCCUACCAGCUCUGCUAUGAUGGAAAUAGCUUGUGCUGCUGCUGCUGCUGCUGCAUGUCUACCAGGGGAUGAGGCAACUGUAGAGAGGAUCGAGCGGUUGGAAGUAAGCAGCCUCGCCCAGACUUCCAGUGCAGUGGCCUCCAGUACUGAUGGCAGCAUCCACACUGACUCUGUGGAUGGAACACCAGACCCUCAGCGUACAAAGGCUGCUAUUGCUCACCUGCAGCAGAAGAUCCUGAAGCUCACAGAACAGAUCAAAAUUGCACAAACAGCCCGGGACGACAACGUUGCUGAGUACUUGAAGCUUGCCAACAGCGCAGAUAAGCAGCAGGCUGCCCGCAUCAAGCAGGUCUUUGAGAAGAAGAACCAGAAAUCUGCCCAAACCAUCCUCCAGCUACAAAAGAAGCUUGAGCAUUACCACAGGAAGCUCCGAGAAGUGGAACAGAAUGGGAUUCCCCGGCAGCCAAAGGAUGUCUUCAGGGACAUGCACCAGGGUUUGAAGGAUGUGGGAGCAAAGGUAACUGGCUUCAGUGAAGGUGUGGUAGACAGUGUCAAAGGUGGACUUUCCAGCUUCUCCCAAGCAACCCAUUCAGCAGCUGGGGCCGUGGUCUCAAAGCCCAGAGAGAUCGCCUCACUAAUUCGGAAUAAAUUUGGCAGUGCAGACAACAUCCCUAACCUGAAGGACUCUUUAGAAGAAGGGCAGGUGGAUGAUGGGGGAAAGGCUUUGGGAGUAAUUUCAAACUUUCAGUCGAGCCCAAAAUAUGGUAGUGAAGAAGACUGUUCUAGUGCCACUUCAGGCUCAGUAGGAGCCAACAGCACCACUGGAGGCAUCGCUGUAGGAGCAUCUAGCUCCAAAACAAACACUCUGGACAUGCAGAGCUCAGGAUUUGAUGCAUUACUACAUGAGAUUCAGGAGAUCCGGGAAACCCAGGCCAGACUAGAGGAAUCCUUUGAGACCCUCAAGGAACAUUAUCAGAGGGAUUAUUCAUUAAUAAUGCAGGCCUUACAAGAAGAGCGAUACAGAUGUGAACGAUUAGAAGAACAGCUGAAUGACCUAACAGAGCUCCACCAGAAUGAAAUCUUGAACUUGAAGCAGGAAUUGGCCAGCAUGGAAGAGAAAAUUGCAUAUCAGUCCUAUGAACGGGCCCGGGACAUCCAGGAGGCCCUGGAGGCGUGCCAGACCCGUAUCUCCAAGAUGGAGCUGCAGCAGCAGCAGCAGCAGGUGGUACAACUGGAAGGACUGGAGAAUGCCACUGCCCGGAACCUUCUGGGCAAACUCAUCAACAUUCUUCUGGCUGUCAUGGCAGUUCUUUUGGUCUUUGUCUCCACAGUAGCCAAUUGCGUGGUUCCUCUUAUGAAGACUCGCAAUAGGACGUUCAGCACUUUAUUCCUUGUGGUUUUCAUUGCCUUUCUCUGGAAGCACUGGGAUGCCCUCUUCAGCUAUGUGGAACGGUUCUUUUCAUCCCCCAGAUGAUGCUGGCAAAAGAAGGCAGUGCUCCCCUACCCAAUGGCGAGUGCAUGCAGCAAAGAAUUAGACAGCAACUUACCUUCUCUGAAGUUUUCUACAACAACAAAAGAGUUGAGUGAAUCUGUUUACAUUUAGAAUAAUGUUUUUUUCUUCAAGAGACGCAAUUGCAAUAGUAUUUUUUAGACUUUAUCCAAGAAGUUUUUUGGGCAAAAAUCUUGGAUCAUUUUUAUGUAGCAUGAUUUUCCUUGGGAUGCAGAUCUUAAACAGUUAUUUAACAUGAACCAACAACCUGGAGCACACUGAAGGGCAUCUAAAUUGUGGCUUGAAGGACUGCACUAAAACCCACUAAAAAUGCGAAAACCUGAUUAGGGAAACCAGUUAAACCUAACACACCCUGCCUUGUCUGGGCUCACCACCUCUCUUCCUCCCAGACUAACUUUACUGUGAAAUCCUACCACAUUCCAUGUCUGAAUUUUUGGAUUCAGGGUGGAUUUUCCUUGUCUGUGGAAGAACACAUGGAUCUCCCUGGCUUUCUCACCCAAGUUGGCCACUCAUGCUAAUGCUGGAAGUACGGUAAUUUUUUAACCUGGUCCCUUAACCUUUGCUAGGAUACAGAUGUGAGAGCAUCAUGCCCCACAGGAUCACUGCACAGUCCUACUACCGUAUUUUGAAAUAGCCCUCCAAAUACUUAAUUUUAAGCAAAAUCCCAUGGCCGCACUUUUAAGGUGGUUUUUUUUUUUUAAUAUGUGUAUAGUCACCAAUUAAAAAAUACACACAAAAAUCUGAACAGCAUACUUGAAGAAUGUAAUACUGAAACACUCAGUGCUUCCUUAUGGUUUCUAAUAGGAUUUUUUAUUAUUGUUGUUAUUAUUACUGGGUUUUUUUGUUUGUUUUUUUUUUGAAAGGGUUGGGAGGAUCUUUUAUUUUUCCUUUGAAAUAAAGAAGUGCUGUUUUUAAAUGAA